AAGGUGAGGCUCAGUGUAAUUGAUUAGGAAGAGGAAAUGUGGAGUUUUCCAUAUAAAACCAAACUACCAUUGACACCAAUAGAUUAAAGGUACAGCCCUACGCAUGUUUAGACAGGAAAAGUCCUACAAAUCCCAAUGUGACUGACUGGGGAAUGCUGGGAGUUGUAGGACUUUCUGACUUAAACUUGCAUAAGGUUGAACCCUAAAUCAAGGCAAAACUUUUAGAUACUGUUAGGGUAAUAGCAUCUAAAGCUUUACAGAAAACAAUUUGAAAUGGCUUUGCAAAUGAUAAAUGAUUGCUAUGUAUGUUUGGAGACAGAGCUAAGCAUUUGCCUGUAUCCAAAUAGUGCAGUAGUUGUUUAAUUGGUUAUCUGACUGCUUUCCCAGGAACCCCUUGAAAACCUUCUCAAACAGUGUAGAGGUUGUUCUAGGGAUUGCAGGGAGAAGUGGCAAAAUUAACUACCUCCAGUGACAAGCCUUCCCUGGAUUUCUGUCUCUUCCAAAAGAGAGGAGCCCUUCUGUUCAUGGAAAGGCAAGCCUUAGCCCAACCCAGAGAGAUUUGGGCUGAAACUUGACAGAUACAGAUCGUAAUUGUUUUUCUUUGUUCAUUACCAGGCAUCUCUUUCAGUAGAAAUUUAUGAAAUAGAAGGCAAUAUUUUCAGGGUUAAAAUUAAUGAGAUAACACCACUCAAACCAAGAUAUGAAGUCCCUGAUGUUCUUAUAAAAGAUCCUAUCAGCCUCAGGUAAGUUGUGGAAAAUGAUACUUGUGCCUAUCAUUUUUGCAGAAAGCAGUGCCCAGAGUACUCAUCAGCAUGCAGUAGCUGUAAUAGAAUUGAAUUCUCCUAUUUAAAAUAGUAGAGAUCAAAUUGCCAACAUACGCUGGAUCAUGGAGAAAGCUAGGGAGUUCCAGAAAAACAUCUGCUUCAUUGACUAUGCUAAAGCCUUUGAUUGUGUGAAUCACAACAAAUUGUGGUUAAGAGUAUUGCAGAAAGAUGCAAAUGAGCUUGUGUUGGCUGGUACCAGUGAAGACCAGCAACUUUGGAUCACAGCAAAUCCUUUUCAGAUACAGCUUCUUUCCAAGGAUGAAACUGAACUGAGCAUGAACUCGGAUGGCCUGUUGUAUUGGGAGCAUCUACAGCCACCUCCCCAAAUCAGGAAAUCUACAUUGCAAGAAAAGGAAGGUGGAUCAUCUGACUCUUCUGAGGAAAAUCAAGAUGACUUUGGUCUGUGGAAAGAGAAAUUUGGCAGUUUUUUAGACAUCAAAGCUAAUGGACCCAUUAGUAUAGGCUUAGAUUUUUCUUUACAUGGAUUUGAACAUAUCUAUGGAAUUCCUGAGCAUGCAGAGACACUCCUGCUUAAGAACACCAGUGAUGACGAUGUCUACCGACUUUAUAACCUCGAUGUCUUUGGAUACAAGAUCCACAGCAAAAUGGGCAUUUAUGGUUCAGUGCCCUUGCUCUUAGCACACAAACCUGACAGAACUAUUGGGAUCUUCUGGCUGAAUUCUUCAGAAACUCUCGUAGAAAUUGCUACAAAGGCUACAGCAAAGGCUUUGCCCUCCAAAACUCCAGACGUCGCCAAACAGCGGGUGGUGCCUCAAACCAAUGUGCACUGGAUGUCAGAAAGUGGAAUAAUUGAUACCUUCAUCCUAAUGGGCCCCAGUCCCUUUGAUGUUUUUAAGCAGUAUGCACAGUUGACAGGUACUCAGGCCUUGCCCCCACUUUUCUCCCUUGGCUACCAUCAGUGCCGCUGGAAUUACGAAGAUGAGGCAGAUGUGGAAAUGGUAGAUGCAGGUUUUGAUAAGCAUGACAUCCCCUACGAUGUUAUGUGGCUUGACAUUGAACACACUGAUGGCAAGCGGUACUUCACAUGGGAUAAGAAGAAAUUUGGCAAUCCUGAGAGGAUGCAAAAGCAGAUAUUGAUGAAGAAAAAACGCAAGCUUGUUGUCAUUGUGGACCCCCAUAUUAAGGCUGAUCCUCUGUACUCAAUAUAUUCACAAGCAAAAAAGAGAGGAUAUUUUGUAAAAGAUCGUAAAGGUGAAGAUUUUGAGGGCAUUUGUUGGCCAGGUCUUUCUUCUUACCUGGAUUUCACUAAUCCUGAAGUCCGAGAAUGGUAUGCAGAUCAAUUUGCCUUUGAAAAAUACAAGGGUUCUUCUGAAAUCCUUUUUGCCUGGAAUGAUAUGAAUGAGCCCUCAGUCUUCAAAGGGGUAGAACUAACUAUGCAGAAGGAUGCUGUCCAUUAUGGCAAGUGGGAACAUCGAGAUGUUCAUAAUCUCUAUGGCUUUUACCAGCAAAUGGCAACCACAGAAGGACUGAUCAAACGAAGCUUAGGGCUGGAGAGGCCUUUUGUUCUCACACGCUCUUUCUUUGCUGGAUCACAGAAGUAUGGUGCCGUAUGGACUGGAGAUAACAAAGCAGAGUGGCAGUACUUGAAAAUCUCCAUUCCAAUGUUGCUGACCAUCAGUAUUGCAGGAAUUUCAUUCUGUGGAGCGGAUGUGGGUGGAUUUAUUGGAAAUCCAGAACCAGAACUACUUCUUCGAUGGUAUCAAGCUGGGGCACUCCAACCAUUCUUUAGAGGACAUGCCAAUAUGCAUACCAGGCGUCGUGAGCCCUGGUUGUUUGGCGAAGAGAACACAAAGAUCAUCAGAGAAGCAAUCAAGGAGCGCUACUCCCUUCUUCCUUACUUAUACACACUGUUCUACCGAGCACAUACAGUGGCCGAGCCAGUCAUGAGGCCUGUCUGGGUAGAAUUUCCCAAGGAACUGGAAACUUUUGGCAUUGAAGAUGAGUUUAUGCUUGGAAAUGCUUUGUUGGUGUAUCCAGUUACUGAACCAAAGGUCACUACAGUCAGUGCUUUUCUGCCAGGCCAACAAGAGAUCUGGUAUGACUUUCGAAAACUGAGAUAUCUGGAUGGACAAGGCAUACUGAAGGUUCCAGUAACAUUGAACAAUAUUCCUGUAAUGCAUCGUGGGGGAACUAUUAUACCACUCAAGACAUCUGUUGGAAAAUCCACAGAGUGGAUGAUAGAGGCUUCUUAUGAACUGCGUGCUGCCCUAGAUCACAUGGGGUCUGCAUCAGGAGAGCUCUACUUGGAUGAUGGCCAUUCAUUUCAGUAUCUCCAUGACAAGCAGUUCCUGCUCAGAAAGUUCACCUUCCAUAAUAAUGUUUUCUCAUCUAGGUGUGCAGAUGAAAAUGGGCAGUUUCUUACAGGAUGUGUCAUUGAACGGAUACUGAUUUUGGGAAUGAAAAAGCAACCUUCCUCUGUGACUGUCAGCAUCCACAAUGGGAAAGACAAAGCAGUGCCUUUCACUUACGAAAGUUCAGUGAAGAACUCUGUGUUGACCCUUCAAAAGCUUUCAUUAAAUGUUGGCAUUGACUGGGUGCUUCAAAUCAAGUGAAGCUACAGCAGCAAAGAAAUGGAAGAAAAACGGAGAAACAGUGGUUUGGAGUAACUUAGCUGACUCUUUUGAAAUGCUUUUUUUCCCCAAAUAAGCAAAUCAUGAACUUUCUUAGGCAAAAUUUGUGUAGUUUCUGCUAAUUAAGAUUCAAGGUAUUCUUUGCACAUGACAACUUGCCAGUAACUGUUUGCAACAACUGUUCUGCUGAGGAUGGCUUGCUUCCAGGGUUUUGCAGUUGUGGGAAAACGUUGUUCCGCAUGUAUCCAAGCAACAGCAGCUGGAAUACUUUCUUGCUUUGAUGGAUUUUUUCCCCUUCUGUUCCAGAUUUUGUUUCUCAGUGUUCAUCCUUGUAAUGAAUGUCUCAGAGAAGGAAACAACUUAGAACAAUCUGUACUAAAUCCACCAACAUAGAACAGAAAAUUUGUUCUGCAAAGUGGUCUUGGACAGAGAAACUUAACACUGAGGACUGUUUCUGUAAUCCAGCUAUAAAACCUAUGGAGAAAUUCAGCUCCAUAAAACAACACAGUUUUCUUACAUGGGAGAAAAGAAAUUGUCUUGAGUGAAUGUUCAUCAUUUAACUUAGUCCAUAGAACUUACACUAUUGUGAGCAUGCUUCCGGUACAAGAACAAACCAAAGUAGUAAUGAAUUUAGAAUGAAUGGCAAAACAAUAUGGCAGAAAGGUUAAAACUGGGUCAUUUAAACAUUCAGGACAAUAUCCAGUGGUACCUAUCCAUAAGUGGGGCUUGCUGCCCCUUCAGUUUCACAGGCAGGGAUCACUAGUGCUUCUAGUCCUCAAGCAGUGAGCCACACCAAUCCAUUGCACAAGCAGAGUCCAUCACUUGCUUGUCACAGAGAAAUUUGGCAGUUCUGGGGCAAGCUUUGAAAUCAGUGAAAAUGUUAAUUUCUGGAAUGGGGCAGGUCAGCAGAGCUCUCUUGUGUGGGCUCUGCCAGCCUGCCCCAUUCUGGAAAGUAGCGUUUCCACUCAUUUCAGGUUGCCCCCAGAAGCAUGAAAUCUCAGUUGCACAAGCGAUUGAUCCUGCUUGCACAGUGGAACCAGCAGGACUGGAUGCUUGUGGAUGGUAAUUAUUGGAUAUUGCCCACUGUAAUAUUCAAACUUAGCUUUACUGAGCAUUUCAGUCAUGUUAAAGCACAAGGCUCUGUAGGUUAGGAGUGUUUGUCUUAUAAUACGGUAUACAACUUUAAAAAACAGUUCUUCCAUUAUGCAGAAGACAGGAGCACAGUGGCUGCCCUUGCUUUCAGUGCUGUUCAACAUUUUAGAAGUUUGUCCAGAUUGGCACUGCCCCAUAGAUCCUAACAAAGGUUUAGUUUGGAUUUUUCAGGAAACAGUAGUGUUCAAGGCACAACUCUGUGUAGUGCUCCACUCACAACUGUCCCUGGCCACAGUGUAUUUACAUAUUAGAUUGUACACCCCAGAUUUUCUGUUCUCGGUGCUUUGUUGUCUGUGCUCUGGUUACAUCAGAGUUAGACUGUGGUAGUGCCCUUUACGUGGAGCUGCUCUUGAGUGUCUGGAAGCUUCAGGUUCCAUAUGGCAGCUAGACUAUUAGUGAUGAUCACACUUUUAUUGAACAUAACAAUGUCCCAUAUUUCAGAACAAAUCAACACAAUAAAUUCUUCCUUAUGGGGGGAUUGUUUUAGUCUAAAAAGCUUGCACAUGGUACACCGUUGUAUUUAUUAUAUUUAUAGCCUACCUUUUUUCCUUCAAGGAGCUCAAGGUGGCUUACAUAUUCUUUCUCUUCUUAUCCUCACCAUAACAUUGAGAGUCAGUGACUGGCCACAUUCACCCACUGAGCUUCGUGGCCAGGUGGGGACUAGAACCCAGAUCCCCUGGAUUCCCAGUCCAAUAGUUUAACCUCUACAUCACAAUUAUAAAGGUCCACCCUCUUGUGAAGGGUGUGCAAGAUGAUUCUCUUGCACAGGCUCACAUUCCAUAGUGCACAGCAUAGGUAUUAGCAGUGUCAGGUGUUCCAUCUGAAAAUAAUAUGUUGUAUAACUUAUUUAACAUUCUGUUCUGUCUCUCAUGCAGUUGCCUCUCUCAUCCCAAAGGCCUAGCUUUACGAUACAGAUCUUUUUUCCUUGAGGAGUCCCUGUAUUCCUCAGACGUAUCUGCUUAGACUUAAGUACUUCCUUCCAGGGUUGAGCUGCAGGCCUCUCAAGCAAGAGGAGCACCAUGUUUCACCCAGGAUGUUAGUGCUUGAUGUAUUCAUAAAGAAGUAUAUCCUGAAAUAUGGUUUGACGAAGAAAAACCACGCCUUCCAUAUCUCUUUCACGUGCAAAAAAGACACUUCCCCUCUCUAUAGCAUUUUGUUUCCUCCACUGCAGAGGUUCCUCCCUCAACUCCCCUGACGUCACUUUCUGCAAAGGGAAUUUGGCAGAGGCAGCGUUCGUUAGAACAAACUGCUGUGACUGCAUUUUAAGCUGCUGGAUGUAAAUUGAGCUAUGCAAGCCUGCUUUCCAAGGAAUGUUAAGGAUCUCUCCCACUUUUCCCAUGGAACUAUUUUAAGGCCAGAACAUAUGCUGCUUCCAAUGCAUGGUGGAGGGCAUGUGAUUCUCGCACCCUGGGCCUGGUCAGUGCCUGAAUGGAAGACGGCCUGGGAACCCCACACGGACACUGCCUUGAGCUCAAAGUUGGAAGAAAGGCAGGAUAUAAACCUACCACAUAAAAAAUAUUCUUUAUCUUGGUGUGCAUGUUGUGCAGCAUGAAGUUUGGUGUAGACUCUGUCUGCUCAGUGAUUCUGAUUUGUUUAAAAUAAAGCUUUAGCUCUUGUGGUUGUCA